GCAAAGGGGAUGUGCACGCUGAAGGAAAUGCUUGGGAAACCGGACAGAAAAGAGUCUCUGUUGUGGUUUUCAACUAUGUUGAUGCCUGCCUGAUCCUGGGAUUUUUUCUACCGAGUUUCUCCUCGAGUUUCGGUUUCACGAAAUCUGGAAGGAAGGUUGAAAUGGUGGACAUACGGUUGCCAACUCGCAAGAUUUCGGCUUUCGUCUUCGGCUUGCUCUUGGCGCUCACAGUUUGCCUUUACUCCAUGCGGGUUCCGGACGCACCCUACAAGUACCCAGGCCAGGAGAACAAAAAAGUGGCAAGAUGGAACAGCAGGGACUGCAGUCGAGAGGAACAGCUCGGCGCUCCCUCUGAAGGCCCAGUGAACGACAGUGUGGGCGGCACUUGUGGGCGUAGGGCUUGGGCGGCUGGCGGCGGGCAACGGGUGGUGUCCCUCUCCCUCUAUGGCGACAGGGCGGAGUACUGGCUUGGGCUAGACACCUUACUGACUCAGGUGAGAAGGCAUUACCCAGGUUGGAAAGUGCGGCUGUACACGGACGCUCGUUGGCGGAGGGGCGUGCUGUGCCCUCUGCUCCGCGACCACGCCCACCUCUACGUGUGCGACGUCGAGGACCUUCCGCCCCCGCUGGGGGACGUAUCCGCUGUUCACCCGGAUAUAUGGAGGACGCUGCCGCUCGGGGAAAGCCAGGUGGCGGCGAUGGUCGUGCGGGACACAGAUUCCCCGAUCUCGUCGCGAGAAGUAGCGGCCGUGGAACAGUGGCUCGCAUCGAACAAAACCUUCCACGUUAUGAGAGAUCACCCUCAGCACGACACCACAAUCCUCGGAGGCAUGUGGGGCGCCCGUUGGGACAACCUACCUGCUCCCAGCGUGGCAGAGUUGGCUCAGGCGCGCCGCAGGAUGCUUGAGCAAGGGCGAGGAAAGUCGCGAGGUGGCAUCGACCAGGAGAUCCUGAAUAGGGUUUUGUGGCCAGUGGCGAAGGGCAGGAUGGUGAGUCACGACAGCUACCUUUGCCAGAAAUAUCCUCACUCGCUUCCUUGGCCGACGCAGCGAGAGGCCGGGUUCUUUGUAGGGGCGCCGAGCUUCCGCCCCGAAUAUUCGACGUCCUCGCUGACGCGGCCGUGCCCGGAGGCGUGUCGGCCGCCGCGCCACAAGGACUGGACCUACUGCUGACUGACACGCACACGCACACGCACAAACACACGCAGGCACGCACGGACACGAGCGCACAAAUUUGUGUGUACAAAUUUAUAUACACAUUGUAACAAUCCCGCUUGUACAGUGUAGGUUGAUAGUUUAUGUAAAUUUAAGUUUUAAGAUGUAUAGGGGAAGCAGCGGGAUAAUUACAACAAGUAAUGAGAGUAGCUUAUUUUAUAGCUUAUAAAUGAAUAUCAAGUAUUUAUCUAAAGUUUGUAGCUUUUACUAUUUUCUUGAAUUAUGAAUAAUCAUCAAUUGUAUUUUUGAAUCACUAGUCAUUUUGUUAAACAGUUAUCCUUCUAUUACUUAUUUCAAAUUAUUUAGUGUUUCAAGUAAUAGUCCUUUUUCUAUUGUAUUUGUUAGUAGCAGACUUAAAUAAGUAUUCCUUAUUAUCUUCAUAUUAGGUGCAUCAUCCAGCAUUUUUCAUUACAAUUAGAUAAUUCUCAUUUAACGUUUCUUAGUAGUCUUAGGUUAUCUUCUCACAGUAGGUUUAUUUAAAUUGAACAAUAUUUCACAAGUUUAAUUAUUUCAUUAAAUGUAUUGCACGCAACAAAAUCAUUAAACAUUAUACAAAAUUAAAAUAUAUUAUUGAAGAUAAAUAUAAUUUCUUUUCCAAUCCUAACAGCGAUUUAAUACACUCGUUUUUCCCUCAAGAAAGCCGGUUUACCGCAUAACAAUAAUAACACCACUUAUUUCCUUAUGUUUCACCUCAGACCCUAACACAGACAAAGUAUACACUUCACCAGUACACUAAGAUGCAACUAAGGUUCCAGAUGUUCGAACUAAUUUUCAAAGUUAGUCCACCGUGUACCCGAGUACCUGGGAGUGAAUGGAACAACGGCCGCUCAGUCGAGACUCACGUUUUCAGCCCACGUCGCCCCCAGGAAGACUGCUGCGCCCUCCGCUUCGGAACCUCGGAUUCGCGAAUCCUCAAGCUCAACGCACGAUACGCACACUACUUUCGAACGCACUUUUAAAUGUCACUUUGGUACGCACAGGCCGUAAAUUUGAAGAGAUUGUAAUAACAUAAAUAUAUAUAUAUAU